UAGAACGCUCCGGUCGGGAAUGUGUUACUGGAUAAGUGUGACAGCAGAAACUUGCUCUCAAAGGACUGUAUAGUUGACCUAUGGAAUGUUGCAUAGUAUCUUUUGUCAGAGUCUCUAAAUACAAAAGAGUUAUGCCUCGGAUAGAGGAGCGGAUGUAGUGCAAACGACACAGGAAAUUAAAUUUUACACCCGUAGGAAGGUUUUGAAAUCGUCGUGUGGUCUGGUUAUGGGAGAUGCGUGGCCUAUUAAAUUAAAGUGAAUGAUGAUUCUUUUUAACGAGCUCUUGAGUUUUUUGUUUUAUGCAGUGCAUCACAUCGAGAUGACAAGAAUAAGCUAAGUGUUGUAUCCGUAUAGGCAUUAUAUUGAAUAAAAAAAGGAUGUGUGUUUCAAAAUAUGCCGAGCAAUUCAAGUGUUAAUGGGAUUUGGGAGGGGAGUGUUUUAGUUCAGAUGGUCUCAUCGUUUGAGGUGAACCAUAGUUGGUACACGACAAUCAGUGAUAGUGUGUUAAAUGGGUUGCUGGAAAAGGAUUCCGGGGAAUCCAAUGUGAGUAGUGUUUUGCUGAGAACGACAACCUAUUCGUCUUAUCUGGCUUCAACUGCAGUGCCACGGAGCAAUCGUGAUGAUUUGUGGGUAUACCAUACGACGUACCUCCCGGAUGUGCAGCAACCUACGAGGGAUUAUAGUUAUGAUAUAGACCAGCAAACAUUCUUUUAUUAUGCAGAAGUGUUGAGUGUCAUAAAUUUUUACUACAUUCCCGCACUGGUGCUGUUCGGAAGCAUAGGAAACAUACUCUCCGUGUUGGUGUUCUUCAAAACUAAGCUGAAGAAGUUGUCCUCCUCGUACUAUCUGGCUGCUCUCGGUUUGAGUGAUACAUGUUAUCUAGUGGGUCUGUUCGUACCCUGGUUGAAUCUAGUGGAUAUUAAGAUCUACACCCUCGAAGUGUACUGUCAGUUUUUUACGUUCUUCAGCAAUUUGUGUAGCUUUUUGUCGGUGUGGUUUGUGGUCGCUUUUACGGUGGAACGCUUCAUAGCCGUUUUGUAUCCGUUGAAGCGACAGACAAUGUGUACUGUUCGUCGUGCCAAGAUGGUGAUAACUGCACUGACACUGAUUGGAGUGUUUAUCAGCCUGCCGGUGAUAUUCUUCGCUUCGCCCUUGUACUCGCCGGCCAUGAAUGAAACCAUCUGUGAUAUGCGAGAGGAAUACAAAGAUCAGAUGACAAUGUUCAAUUAUUUGGACACAAUCCUGGUGUUUGUGGUGCCAUUUACGGUAAUUGUAAUCCUAAAUACAUUUACCGCAUUAACCGUGUGGAAAUUUGCCGGCGUACGGCGAACGAUGACGAUGCCACGAAGUUUUGGUGGAAUACGAGAGUCUCGGCGUCACCAGCUUCAGCACCAGCUCAACCCUUCUUGCUCGAAUUCACAGAUUCUGAAUGGGAGCCUUGCUGUUCAGCAAGUCCAUCACUACAGUAGAGGUCGUGUAGCAAAUUCACAGAUAAAGGUAACUAAAAUGUUACUGAUAGUUUCCACCGUUUUUGUUUGCCUCAAUCUACCGAGCUACGCAGUAAGAGUGAAAAUAUUUCUUGGGACCGAACAUGCCCAUGUGGUGGUGCUUGUGCAAAACUGUUUUCAUUUAUUUUUCAUGACUAACUUCGGGAUAAAUUUCAUCCUUUAUUGCGUCAGUGGACAAAAUUUCAGGAAAGCUGUCUUUGGCAUGUUUCGGAAGCAUAGCAUGAAGCAAAUAAAUCAAGAACAGGCAUCCGGGACGCAAGUUUCAGAAUUUAUCCUCCGAAGCGGAUCCAAGAAGCGGCGCAGCACCACCACCAAUAACGAUGCGGACUGUUCAUGGCGGGAUCUAACCGACUAUCAAAUUACAAACUUUGAAAAGUGAACGAAACGCGAAGGGUCGUUAAAAUGGUUUAAUUCUUAACAGUCAGCGGCAUGACAAGUAGGAUUGAAAACUUUACCGCUAUGCAAGUAAAAUAAAAAGUAGAGAAUUAAUGUGAAAUGAGUGUCUGUUGAUCCGUUUGCAAGAAGAUGGUGAGGGUCAUUCGUCAAGUGUAGCUACUAAGAAGGCGAAUGGCAAAUCAAAGUUGUUGGCCCAGUGAUA